UUUUGUUUGCUUUUCCAUUAAUCCACUGGUUUAGUCUCCAGAACGCAAUGUCAGACCUGAGGUGACAGAAAAGGGAAAACGUGAGAGAGUGCCUUCUUCCCUGAAGAGAGGUGGGCCUGAGGCUUGACAGUGGCGCUGCCUGAGUGACCUAGCCGCUGGGCUGGGCCCUGGACAGCUGAUCCCAGGUUCCUGCACUUGUCGCCACCCUUCCGUAGUCCACAGGCCUGAUGGCGGCGGCUGAGCCGAUGGGCCCGGCACAGGUUCCCAUGAACUCAGAAGUAAUUGUGGACCCUAUACAGGUGAGGGGAGAAUGUCCAUGCUCUCACCGAUCCCACCCCCACCCAAUACGCUCUCCAGCAUUGUGGUGUUAUAUAGAACACUCUCCUGCUACUCUCCGAUCUCUUGGGUCUGAGGACUCUGGAGAAGCCCCAAGCCCAGGGUCCUGACUCCAGGCCAGGGGUUUUAUGGAGGGGUUUCCAUUUCUGCCAACCAUUGGAAUAAGGUUGGAAGGUUGUUCCAGGCACAGGAACCAGCCUGUGCAAAAUACUUAGAGGGGCAGGUGAACUUUGAGGACGUGUUCGUGUACUUCUCCCAGGAGGAGUGGGUGCUCCUUGAUGAGGCUCAGAGGCUCCUGUACCGUGAUGUGAUGCUGGAGAACUUUGCACUUAUGGCCUCUCUGGGACAUACAUCUUUCAUGUCCCACAUAGUUGCCUCACUGGUGAUGGGUAGUGAGCCCUGGGUACCUGACUGGGUGGACAUGACCCUAGCUGUUGCCACAGAGACUCCAGGUGGGAGUGACCCUGGUUGUUGGCAUGGAAUGGAGGAUGAAGAGAUACCUUUUGAGCCGAGCUUUUCUAUAGGAAUGUCACAGAUCAGGAUUCCCAAGGGAGGUCCUUCUACUCAGAAGGCUUACCCCUGUGGGACAUGUGGCCUGGUCUUAAAAGACAUUUUGCACUUGGCUGAGCACCAGGAAACACACCCAGGGCAGAAACCAUACAUGUGUGUGCUGUGUGGGAAACAGUUCUGGUUCAGUGCAAAUCUUCACCAGCACCAGAAGCAGCACAGUGGAGAGAAACCCUUUAGAAGGGAUAAGAGCAGGCCCUUUCUUCUGAACAACUGUGCUGUGCAAUCAUCGGAGAUGUCUUUUGUGACAGGGGAGGCUUGUAAGGACUUCCUAGCCAGCUCAAGCAUUUUCCAGCACCAUGCCCCUCACAAUGAGUGGAAGCCACACAGCAACACCAAGUGUGAGGAGGCCUCUCACUGUGGAAAAAGGCAUUACAAAUGCAGUGAAUGUGGGAAAACCUUCAGCCGCAAAGACUCACUUGUUCAACACCAGAGAGUCCACACUGGAGAAAGGCCUUAUGAGUGUGGUGAAUGUGGGAAAACCUUUAGCCGCAAACCCAUACUUGCUCAGCACCAGAGAAUCCACACUGGAGAAAUGCCUUAUGAGUGUGGCAUAUGUGGGAAAGUUUUUAAUCAUAGCUCUAACCUUAUUGUACAUCAAAGAGUACACACUGGAGCAAGGCCUUACAAGUGCAGUGAAUGUGGGAAAGCCUAUAGUCACAAAUCUACACUUGUUCAGCAUGAGAGUAUCCAUACUGGAGAAAGGCCAUAUGAGUGCAGCGAAUGUGGAAAAUACUUUGGUCACAAAUACAGACUCAUUAAACAUUGGAGUGUUCAUACUGGAGCAAGGCCUUAUGAGUGCAUCGCAUGUGGGAAGUUCUUUAGCCAAAGCUCUGACCUUAUUGCACAUCAAAGAGUUCAUAAUGGUGAAAAGCCUUAUGUGUGCAGUGAAUGUGGAAAAGCCUUUAGCCACAAACAUGUACUUGUUCAGCAUCAUAGAAUUCACACUGGAGAAAGGCCAUAUAAGUGCAGUGAAUGUGGGAAGGCCUUCAGGCAGAGGGCUUCCCUCAUCCGCCACUGGAAAAUUCACACUGGAGAAAGGCCUUAGGAUGGGAGAUAAUUCCGUUUCCUUGUUCAGCAUAAUAACUGACAUCAGAGAGAAGCUCCAAGCAUAGGCUUUAUGUGUAGCCAACAGCCAGAAGUAGAACUUUAUACACUCAAACACUCACCCUGGGGAGGUUCUUCUGAGUGCCAGCUAUAUGGGAAGCCUUCUGGAGCUAUGCUGAAUUUUCUAGACUCUUGCUAGAAUUUCGUCAAGGCAGUGCCUCUGUUAGAAGCCAUCUGUCUUUGUGCUGGAAGAGUCCUGCAUUGUGCAAAAGUAACCCCAAUGUGUUUCAAAAGACAGACCUCUGUGUACUAUUCCCUUCCCUGGAGGGAAUCAUCAGUAGCCUGAGGCCAUCAAGGAUUCUCACUUUUUUUCUGCCCCACUACUGGUUUAAGCAUGAGCAUGACCCAGUUUUAGCCAGAAAGAUGGGAGCUUUGUUCUGCUGACCACUGGCAGAGGUUUCCCUUCAUGGAUAUAGUUGAUCUCACAUGGCACUUGGGACGAAUUUUUCUAGCCUUCAAGACACCUGACCUGAAAUUGGCUGCCUCAUAUUCUGGUUUUGCAACAAAUACCUUAAUUUUUAGACUAUCUUAAAUCUUGAGGAUUCUGUUCGCUUUGUGGGUUGGGUUGAGAACAGAAUUGAGCUAAGCCAGUAUGAAGGGAAGAACAGCUUUUGUGAGAGCUCCAACUAUCUGUAUCUCUGAAGUGAUAGUAGGAUGGCAAAGACUAGCUCUUAUUCUAGUGUCAAGCUAACUUACUUGACUGCUUCAGCUCUCCAAGGAAAGAAUGCCAGUCUUUGUAGGCCUAAUCUUUUGGUCUAUAUGUUAAGAUUUUUUGUGUAAUCGAGGUCACCCUAAGCAGUGGGCAUUUGUUGUGAUAAUCUCUAAUGUGUCUGGGAGCAACAUGAAUUACGUCCCUUGUUCCCAGAAGAUACUUCAUAUUCCCAAGGCUUCUUGAGGAGAAUUUGAACUCAUGGGACAUGUCAAGAUCUCUGAAGUCUAUUUUUCAGUAGGCAGUUGAUAUUGGCUGUCCUCCAGAAGGCCCAGGUAGGAAUCAUAGUUGGUGCAGAAACCCAGAUUAAUAAAGGAAUGAGAAAACUGCAGCAAACUAUAGGGAAUAUGACCCUUCUAAAGGUACAUCCACAUGUGUUUCCAUUACUCUGGCUCCAUUAUGAGGGUUUACAGAAAUAUUCCCAUACCUGUGUCUCUUAUGGCUAAGGUUACUGUCCAGAAGUCAGUCUAAACAUUUUUGCAAUAAACUGCACAUAUUUAUAGUGUACCAUUUGAUAAGUUUUGAUACAUGUUGGCACUUCUCAAACCAAAAGUUUCCUGAUUCCUUUUAUAUUUUCUCCCUUUCCUUCACCCAUCCCCAGGCAACUAUUGAUCCGUUGUCACUGUAGAUUUGUUUGUAUUUCCUAGAAUUCUACAGAAAUAGAAUAAUUUAAUAUGUAUUCUAAUGUUUUUGGCUUCUUAAACUCUGAAAUUAAGGCUCAUGGUGGUGUUCUGUGUUUCAUAGUUCAUUUCUUUUCAUUUGUACUUUGCUAAGAGUGUUCCAUUGUAGAGAAAUAGUUCCAAAGCAAGUGAUCCAGGAGAGAACUCACACAAGAACAAAGCCACAGUAUCUGUCAUUACCUUAAACUGAAAGUGAUGAGCCGUCAUUUCUGCUAUAUUUCAUAAGUAACCCUAGCUAAUCCUGGUUAAAAGUGGAAGAGAACUACACAAAGGUGAAAAUAGGGAUUUGUGGGGCGUUUUCUUGGACUCUGGUGACCAUAAUCCUAUAUGGUUUUUUUCUUUUUCUGUUUUAGUUGUUUAAUGUGAAUUACAUUGACUGAUUUUUUAAAAUGUUAAGCCAACCUUGCAUUUCUGGAAUAAUUCCCAUUUGGUCAUGAUGUAUUAGUCAUUUAGUAUAUUGUUGAAUUUGAUUUGCUAUUUUGUUUUGUUUUGCUUUUUUGUAACAAGUUUUGCACCAAUAUUCAUGAGUGAUAUUUGUCCCUAGUUUUCUUUCUUGCUUGCUUGCUUUUUUUCCUUUGUAAUUUUAUAUCUUGCCGAGGUUUGGCUUUGGUAUCAGCAUAAUGCCAGCUUUAUAGAGUAAGUUGGGAAGUAUUCCUGCUCUUCAGCUCUCUGGAAGAGUUUGUGAAUAAUUGGUAUUAUUUCUUCCUUAAAUGUUUGGUAGAAUUCACCAAGGAAGCUGUCUGUGCCUGGAGUUUGUUUUGUAGGAAAGUUUCUAACUAUAAGUUUGAUUUCUGUGGUAGAUAGAGGGCUGUACAAGUUAUAUGUACAUCUGUCUGUGUGUGUGUUGUCUGUCUGUCGCUCUGGCCCUGAAGUGUGUUUUGUAGGACAGCAUCUAACUACAAGUUUGAUUUCCAUGGUAGAUGGAGGGCUAUACUAGUUAUAUAUACAUCUGUCUGUCCAUCCAUCUGUUUGUCACUCCAUCCAUCCAUCUAUCUCUAGAGUGAGCUUUGAUGGUUUGUGUCUUUCAAGGAGUUUUUCUGUUUCAUUUAAGUACUCAAAUUUUUCAAAAUAUUAUUUUCAUACUUGUAGAAUUUGUAGUGGUGCAACCUCUUCUAUUCCUGAUACUGGUAAUGUCUAUAUUUUUCUUUUAACCUUGAUUGGUUUGGGUAGAGAUUUAUCAAUUUUACAAUUUUAUUGAUCUUAAAGUACUUGGUAUUAUUGAAUUUUCUGUUUUCUGAUAUUUUGGGAUUUUUUUUUUCCAUUUUGAGUUUUACUAAUGCCUUCUGCUUUUAUUGGAUUUCAUUUCUUUUGCUACUUUUUAACAUGGAAGCUGAGGUCCUUCAUUUCAAACCUUUGAAUUUUUUUCCCCUAAUAUGGGGAAGAGAUGUUAAUGUUAAAAAUCUAUCUGAGAACUGCUUUAAUUACCUCCCAUCAAGCUUGAUGUGGUUUCAUUUUUUUUUUUUUGAGACAGUGUCUUGCUCUGUCAUCCAGGUUGGAGUGCAGUGGCGCUAUCUCGGCUCACUGCAAGCUCUGCCUCCCGGGUUCACGCCAUUCUCCUGCCUCAGUCUCCCGAGUAGCUGGGACUACAGGCGCCUGCCACCAUGCCCGGCUAAUUUUUUGUAUUUUUAGUAGAGACGAGGUUUCACCGUGUUAGCCAGGAUGGUCUCGAUCUCCUGAUCUUGUGAUCCGCCUGCCUCAGCCUCCCAAAGUGCUGGGAUUACAGGCAUGAGCCCAGCCGAUGUGGUUUCAUUUUAGUUGAGUUUAGGAUGUUUUCCAGUUAAAAAAAUUCUUCUUGACACAUGGCUCUUUUUAAAUGUAUGUUAUUUAAUUCCUAAAUAUUUGGGGAUUUUGCUUAUCUUUCUGGUAGUUUCUGCAAUAAUUCCAUUGUGGUCAGAGUACAUUAAGACUUGAAUUAUUUACAUUUAUUGAGAUUUGCUUUGUGGCCCAGAAUAUGGGCUAUCUUGGUAUGAGUUACAUGUUCACUUGAAAUGUGUACUGUACUCUCGUUUGAUGAAGGGGUUCUACAAGUGUUGAUUAGGUAAAAAUGGUUGAUGUUAUUUAAGUUUUUUCUAUCUUUAUUGACAUUCUGUGGUUUUGGUUCUAGCAAUUAUUUUAAGAGGAUUGUUGACGUCUCUGAAUAUUAAAUUGGAUUUACUUCUCUGCAGUUCUGUCAGAUUUUGCUUCAUAUAUUUUGUUAUGUUUUUAUUAGGUGAAUAAUAAAUAUUUCCUAUUUUAUGUCCA